AUGAAGGUGACAGCGUUCGUCCUCGCCGCCGCGGCCCUCGCGUCGUCGGCGUGCGCCCAAUACGUCAAGACCCCCGUCAUGCCUCGCUUCGCCUCUCAGAAGACCAUCAGGCAGGCGACCAACCACUCCAGCGACGCCUGGCCCUACGGCCCCUUCAGCACCCGCGGUCGUGACAUCGUCAACAACCGCGGCGAGGUCGUCAAGUGGGCGGGCGUCAACUGGCCCAUGAGCGGCGAGACCAUGGUCCCCGAGGGCCUGGAAUGGGCCUCGGUCGACAAGAUUCUCGACGAUGUCGCCAGCGUCGGCUUCAACUACAUCCGCAUGGGCUACGCCAUCGAAAUGGUCGACCAGAUCUACGACCGCGAGGGCGAGGACGUCCCCCUCGAGGUCGCCAUGAUCACCGCCCUGGGCUACGUCAACGGCACGAGGGUCACCAACGAGAUCAUCCGCCACAACCCGUCCUGGACGCGCGAGACGACCCGCUUCGAGAUCUGGUCCGACAUCGCCGCCGCCGCCCUCGACCGCGGCAUCUUCAUCUCCCCGGACGUCCACGUCCACAAGGCCAUGUGGUGCUGCUCCCACACGGACGGCAACGCCUGGUUCGACGACGUCCACGUCAACUCGACCCACUGGCGCCGCGGCCUCUCCUACGUCGCCAACUGGGCCCGCGCCCACCCCAACAUCGUCUCCCUCUCCCUCCGCAACGAGGUCCGCGAGUCCUGGAACAACACCGCCCUCUACUACAACUGGGACACCCUCGUCGGCAACUUCUCCGCCGGCGCCGACGCCAUCCACGACGCCAACCCGGACGUCCUCAUCCUCUGGGGCGGCAUGCAGUACGGCCAGGACCUGUCCGCGCUCACGAGCGGCGCCAACUACCUCGCCGCGCCCUGCUACAAGUGCACCGCCAUCCGCGACGCCGCCCGCCGCGAGCCCAAGGUCUUCGACGUCGACGCCCACGCCUGGGCCGACAAGCUCGUCUGGGAGCUGCACCUGUACAAGAUGAGCGAGGACGUCGACACCGGCACGUGCCCCAUCAUCGAGGCCGGCCUGUACCGCAACGGCUUCAACGCCCUGGGCAUCGAGAAGCCCGCGGCGUGCAACACCACGGGCGUGGACUGUCCGAAGGCGAGCCGGCUGACGCCCGUCAUCUUCUCCGAGUUCGGCAACGGCCAGGAUGAGACGCUCCGGAACGACACCCUGCAGGUCUGCCUGCGGGAGUACACCGUCAAGCACGGCGUCAGCUGGAUGGUCUGGGGCUUGGCGGGCAGCUACCGCGUAAGGUCCGGUGCUCAGGGUGUCCCUGACGGCUGGGGAUUGACCAACUACGAGUGGAACGGGUGGAAUGAUCCUGCCACCAUUGAGGAUAUUUGGAAGCCUUGGGUGAAGGCUAUGAAUGUUACGAAGAAGGCUUGA